AUGUUGAGGCAGCUGAGGCAGGACGGUGACGGCGUCAGUGAUGACAGACUUCCCGCGGACCCCAAGAUCGCGGGAGGCGUGGACGCGGAAUGCGGGCGUUACCCCUACAUGGUCAGCCUGCGCGACCGCAACGAUCGUCACAGGUGCGGCGGCAUCCUGGUGCAUCCCAUGUGGGUCAUGACGGCGGCGCACUGCGUUGACCCGGUCAACAUCAACUCCCUGGGCACGCAGCCGGUGGCGGUCAUCGGGGCGUGCGGAUUGGACGACGAAGAGAAUGACAACGGAGUCGUGGAGGAGAUGUUGGCCCGAGAGACCAUAGUGCACAGCAACUACACAGGCGACGUGCGCGACGGCAACGACAUAGCGCUGAUACACCUUCCGACGCCAUCCAGACACAUCUUCGCAGGCCUUCCUCAGAGCUCCGAGGAGCUCCAGGGCUUUGAGAGCUUCAAAGUCAUCGGCUGGGGCCGCCUGGACGACGGCAGCCUGCCCCAGACGCUGCAGGAGGCCCCCAUCGACUUCGUGCGCAACAACUUCUGCGCGACGGAGACGGAGGUGACGUGGGGUGACGUCAUCAUCGACUCCAUGGUGUGCGCCUUCGCGUUCGGGGGCGAGGAAGUGUGCGAAGGGGACAGCGGCGGCCCGCUGAUCAAGCUCUUCGCUCCCGAUGGCAACGCCUCCGCCGGGAGCCCGAACCUGGACAUCAUCUCCGGCAUCACAUCGUUUGGGGAAGUCUCCGAGGCCUGCGGCAAGCCAGUGAGGCCCAGCGUGUUCACCAGGGUGGCCAGCUACCGCGUGUGGAUCGACGGCGUCAUUGCGUUGGCUGGCGGCAUAUCGUCAUCAACGCCCAUGCCCACCCUGCCCACAAUGGGCGCCAACGAAUCGGCGCCCGCCAUCAACGAAACGACGCCCAGUGCUGACGAAUCGACGCCAGAUGCAGACGAAUCGGUGGCCGCCUCACCGGUGGUCGCCGCACCAGCCAUGGCACCUGUGCCGUCGACCGGCGAUGGCGUGGAUGGUUUGGAAGAGGGCGGCCUUACGCCGGAAGAUCAGGAAUCCGUUAACCAGAUUCUGUGGAUCGGGGCAUUCACAGGGGAUGUAGGCCUGGUCGAGCAAGCCAUCGCCGGCGGCGCCGACGUGGACGUGCGGCUCUUUGAUUUUGGCGAUACGCCGCUGACUGCGGCGGCGCUCAACGGUCACGCAAAUGUGACUGUCGUCCUGCUCGAGGCCGGGGCCGACCCCAACCGCCCCCGAUCUUUUGACGGCAUCACACCGUUGUUCGGGGCAUCGCAAGAAGGCCACAUCGAAGUCGUGACUGCCCUGCUGGAAGGCGGCGCAGAUGCCAAUGCCCCCAUCGACAACGACAGCCAGUUGACGGCUCUCGUUACCGCGUCGCAGUUCGGCCGCGCUGAUGUGGUCGACGCGCUGCUCGCUGCGGGUGCCGAUCCGAACAUGUUGGUCCAAGACUUCUUCGCUCCCCUGCACUUCUCCACGCUCACCCUGGGGGAUCCCAGCGAGGCCAUUGCCACGGCGCUGCUGGACGCCGGCGCGGAUAUCGACGCGCAGGGCGGGCAGGGCUGGACGCCGUUGGUGCUGUCGUCGUUUUUCGGCAACGUCGGAGUGACGGAGAUUCUGGUGGGGCGGGGGGCGAACGUGAGCGUGGUGAGCACGGCCGGGAACGUCGCGGAAGAGUUGGUGUGUCUGUGCACGGAGCUGGGGGAGCAAAGCGAUAUUUUUAGGUGCCCCGAGGGCGGAUGUGAGUUUCCGGAGACUGCUGAAGUGAUUCGGGAACUGCUGGCCGGCGCGUGA